CCCGGGCCAUGCUCCACCCGGUGUAAGUGGAGAUGUGGCAGGGGGCACGUAUGCGUUCAGUAUAAUAACUUACUCAGCCGGGCCAGCUCUUCCGCACGGGAGAGUCCUUUCUCGUCUUCACGAUUUCCUACUUUUCCACCUCUCCACGACCCUUGCUACGAUGCCGUCCUCGAUCGAAAAAGAGGAAGACCCAAAGACAUUCGAGGAUAAGGAGAGCGUCGACGCGAGCCUGAGUGCUGGCGCGGAGGACCCUGACGCCGAGUUUGGAGGGAAGGAGGCUCGUAAGAAGCUGGAGAGGCGAUUGCUCCUGAAGCUGGAUGCGCGGAUGUUCAUUCUGGUCAUCAUCUAUAUCUUGAACUAUAUCGACCGCAACAACGCCAGCGCCGCUCGGUUACGCGGCCUUCAGACCGACCUUCACUUGAAUGACACCCAGUUUGCCAGUCUAUUGUCCAUCCUUUACGUGGGUUAUAUCAUCAUGCAAGUACCAUCAAACAUGUUUGUGAACAAGACGGGACGACCGGCACUUGUCCUUCCGAUAUUCAUGAUGAUCUGGGGGAUGAUCUCGAUCUUGACUGGCAUCUCGAAAGACUUUGUCGGCGCUUUGCUUACUCGGUUCUUCCUCGGCUUCGUUGAGGCCGCCUUCUUCCCCGGCUCAUUGUUCUUGAUAUCGAAGUGGUACAAGAGGAACGAGGUCGGCCUCCGUGUCGCGAUACUUUACUGUGGCAACAUCACCAGCAAUGCUUUUGGCUCACUCAUUGCUGCGGGAAUCCUAGAUAAUAUGGAAGGGACACUCGGAAAAGCUGCUUGGAGAUGGCUGUUCUAUAUCGAGGGCAGUCUCACAAUCUUCUUCGCGAUAUGUGCCCUUUUCAUUCUGCCGGACUUUCCACACAACACACGUGGGCUCUCCGAUGCGGAACGCCGGCUGGCGAUCAAGCGUAUGCAGGAAGAUGCUGCCACGUCUGCGCCUGAGCCAAAGGGCGAGACUUAUGGACUCAAACUCGCCUUUUCGGACUGGAAGAUGUGGUGGUUCGCGUUUGCGAUGUUGGCGCAGACUAUGGCUCUGAGCUUUAACAUGUUCUUCCCUACGUUGAGCGCGACGAUGGGGUACAACUCUACUAUCUCACUUCUGCUCUGUGCGCCACCAUUUGUUUUCACGGCUAUCUUCGCACUCUCGGACAAGUUCGAGUCACGUUUCAACUUCAUGGCUGCCUCAGAGAUUGUGGGCAUCAUAGGUUUCAUCAUCGCUAUGAGUACGAUGAACCUCGGCGCUCGGUACUUCUCCCUCUUCCUGAUGGCGCAGGCCUACGCCGGACUCAUCCUCUUCUAUUCAUGGAUGAGCAACUCGUUCUACUGGCCUUCUUCCCGGCGGGCCGUCUCGAUCGCGUUCAUCAACGCCUUUUCGCAGCUGGGAAACAUCGCGGGCUCGUACAUCUGGCCAUCAACAUGGGGUCCAACGUACCGCUACUCGUACGGGAUCUGCAUUGCAUGCUCUGGCCUGAGCAUCGUCAUGUGCUACUUCUUCAAGCUGCACCUCAAGUCGCUGAACGAGCGGUUCGACAGGGAAGAGGCAGAGAAAGGUCAGACGACGAGAGGAUUCCGGUAUUUACUCUAG